CUCUCUCCCAUUAUAUUAUUUUAUUAUUUUAUUGUAACCUAUCAUUCACAAUAAAACCUCUUUCUCAUUCCCAAUCUCCUCCUCUUUCUCUCCUUCUUUCUUUCUCUCUCCUUCAACAGCAUCACUCUCUCUCUCUCUCCAACCUGGUCUUACUCCUUUGCAUCCAACCGGAGCCGUCGUUUCUCGCUUAAUCUCGUCGUCGGAGAGAGAAGGAAGAAGGAGACGGAGACGGAGAAGGAGACGUAUACGUAUACGGACGGAUACGGAGACUCUUUGAAGAUCAUGGCCCAGCCGUCCAACGGAGCUGAUCUCAAUCCCCAGGCCCCCCACCCCCACCAACAAUGGUUUCAACAACAACAACAGUAUCAACAGCAAUGGAUGGCGAUGCAGUAUCCCGCAGCCGCCAUGGCCAUGAUGCAUCAACAACAGAUGAUGAUGUAUCCUCCUCAGCAUUACAUGACGUAUUCUCACCUUCCUUAUCAACAGCAGCCGCCGCCGUUGCAGCAGCAGCAGCAACAGCAAGCUCAGUCGCAGCGACCUCGCAGACAGGGGUCCACGGACGAGGUUAAGACGCUUUGGAUUGGUGAUCUUCAGCCCUGGAUGGACGAGACCUAUCUCCACAAUUGUUUCGCUCACAUCGGCGAGGUUUUCUCUGUUAAGGUUAUAUGCAAUAAGCAAACUGGUCAAUCUGAGGGCUAUGGAUUUGUUGAGUUCUAUUCGCAUGCAACAGCUGAUAAGGUAUUGCAGAGUUAUAAUGGAGCUAUAAUGCCUAACACAGAUCUGCCUUUUCGUCUCAAUUGGGCAACCUUUAGUGGAAGUGAUAGGCGACCGGACACUGGGUCUGACCUAUCUAUAUUUGUUGGUGAUUUGGCUGCUGAUGUAACUGAUGCUAUGCUGCAAGAAACUUUUUCUAGUAAAUACACAUCUGUUAAGGGAGCCAAGGUUGUUAUUGAUUCAAAUUCAGGUCGUUCAAAAGGUUACGGAUUUGUCAGGUUUGGUGAUGAAAGUGAAAGGACAAGGGCUGUGACUGAAAUGAAUGGGAUAUAUUGUUCAAGUAGACCCAUGCGCAUUGGUGUUGCAACACCAAAGAAAGCAUCUGGAUAUCAACAAGGUUAUUCAUCACAAGCUUUGGUAUUGGCUGGUGGACAUGCAAAUGGCAUGGCUGUUCAGGGUUCACAAUCAGAUGGCGAAUCGAACAACACGACUAUAUUUGUUGGUGGCCUUGAUUCUGAUGUUAGUGACGAAGAUCUCAGGCAACCUUUCUCUAAAUUUGGUGAGAUUGUCUCUGUGAAAAUCCCGAUUGGAAAAGGAUGUGGAUUUGUGCAAUUUGCCAACAGGUAUUGUUAAACAUGCAGCUGCCAU